AUGCUUAGCGUACAAUCGCUACGAGCGGGCGGUAGCGUAAUUCGUAGUAAUAUUCUUAGUACCGCCUCCGCCUCCGCUCCCUCCUCCGGCGCCGCUACCGCCGCCGCCGUUACCGCCUCCGCCGUACUCGCCUCCGCUGCCUCCGCCGCCGCCGCCGCCGCUACUACUAAGGCUACUGCCCUCGAAGAGAGGGUAGUUACGCUCGAACGUCGCCUCUUACGUAAGACGAAAAAUUCGCAAAGGCUUCGAGAAGCCUUAGAAAUAUUAAAAGAUAAGUUCCGCGACUGCCUUAAAAAGCUCGAAGGCGCCGGCGACGACGACGAUAACGACGACGACGACAACGACGGCGGCGACGACGGCGGCGACAGCGAUAGUAACGGCGACAGCGAUAGUAACGCCGGCGCCGACGGCGAUAGCAAUAGAGACAGUAACGGUAACGGUAACGCCGAUACCGAUAGCGACGGCGACGACGUUACUAUCGAAGAAGACGAUAAGAUAGUCGUUAACGACAACGUCGAUAACGACGACGUUAAGAUAGAUGUUAACGACGAAGAGGUUAAUAAAGACGUUAAGAUAAGCAAUAACGAUUAG